AUGACCUCUUCCAUCCCCACCACUAUGAAGGCUGCAGUCAUUGAGGAGGGGCAUAAAUUUUCCAUCAAAUCUCACCCCGUUCCCCCAGUGGGCGACAACGACAUCCUCGUCAAAACGGUGGCAGUCGCACUCAACCCCACCGACUGGAAACACGUUGACUUUACGGGUAUCCCCGGUGCCAUCGUCGGGUGCGACUUCUCCGGCACCGUCGUGAAGGUCGGCAGUGCCGUCACGAACCUCUCGGUCGGACAGCAGGUUGCGGGCUUCGUCCACGGCUCAGCCUUCUCCGACGAAGGCGCGUUCGCGGAGUACGUCAAGACUCCGGCGGACCUCGUCUGGCCUAUUCCUGAAGGCGCGUUCUCCCACGAGGAGGCGGCGACAAUUGGCUGCGCGUUCUGGACGGCAGCGCAGGCACUCUUCCACCCCACCCGUCUCGGUCUCGUCGAGCCUCCCUCCAAGACCGACAAGGAGGAGUGGAUCUUCAUCUACGGUGGUAGCUCCGCCGUCGGCCAGUGCGCCGUACGCCUCGCGGCCCUCGCGGGCUACAAGGUCGUCGCGACCGCCUCCCCCCGGAACUUCGAUCUCGUCAAGUCCCUGGGCGCGUCCGCGGUGUUCGACUACCGCGCCCCGGACGUGAUCGACCAGAUCAAAGCCGCGACUGGCGGCACCCUCGCGAAGGCGGUCGACACGAUCUCCGAGAAAGACUCGCAGCGGAUCUGCGCCGAGUCGAUGGGCCCCGCCGGCGGCCACGUCGUCCUCGUCCUCUUCCGGGUCCCCGAGGCGACGCAGCGCACCGACGUCGCUUUCAAGACCACGCUCAUCUACACGUCCCUCGGCCGCGAGUUCACGUUCGCCGGCACGAUGCACUUCCCCGUCUCCGAGGAAGACCGCGCGCACAUGGUCUCGUUCCUCGAGAAGGUUCCGGAGCUUGUGAAGAGCGGGGCCGUCAAGCCGCUCCCGAUCAAGGCAUGGGAAGGUGGGUUGGACGGGCUCGCUGACGGCCUGCAAUAUAUGCGGGAGGGCAAGGUCAGCGCAGAGAAGAUCGUGUACCGCUUGUGA